CUAGUGGAGGCAAGUUCGCAAUCGAUAUCUUGUUCAGUGGUAUUCGRUAGGACCCAGCACAAUUCCAGGAAAAUCGGUGGAAAUACUACUUCUUCGUAGAUCAUGGAGUUUUCGAAUCGAAAGCAGUCAACAAAAUUCUUGUUCCUACUCCAGCUAUUAGUGUUCUCCAUUCUGAUUGAGCUCUCGUUCUGCUAUCUCAAAAAUGAUCAUAACUUUUUGUCGUCACGGAUAAAGUUGUUGCGCCGAGAGCAUAUGGCGCUUUCUUUUGCCUCCACGGCCGCUCCGCCGGAAAAUUCAAAAACUGUCGAUCUUGAUGAAAACGAUGUUGCAUCAGCGACCGAUCAGGACUCCAUUUUCGAUAUUGUUGCGGGCUGCGCUGCGUCUUGCCUUUUCGAUAGCGACAAACGCCGAGAUGCCAAGGCGGAACAUUCCGAACUCGUUUCAUCCUCUACUACCAAUUGGAUUAAUGAUGAGACUGCAUUUGUUCUGCAAAAAGCUAUAGAUAGAAUGAAACUAAAAUUGGCAGAAGAAAGAAGCGGAUUGGAUCGCGACGAAGCAUCUGCUUGGAUACGCUGGAUGAAAUCCACUCCCACCCCGAUGGUCAUUGAUUUGUCCCCAGAACUCAGAGUGAUCGCCAAUGAAACAAUGUCAGACGAGGAUUUCGACCUGAUAGAACAAAGCCGGAUUCAGUUUUUGUCCCGCAUGGGCGCGAAGCUCAUUUUGCUCCCUUCUGGAUCAUCCCUGUCACGCCCGAUGAGGGAGCCUCCCGCGUCACUGAUUUACGGGAAAUUGCUGUAYGGAGGAGUCACGAGGUAUCGCAUGCUAAGUUCAUCCAACAGUCGCAGACCCCCACGAAGAACCGGAGAGCGAAGCGCUACCAAAGUCUCUGCAUCCGAAAACAUUCCAGCCUGGAUCCAAUACGGUGGAGCGGACCGAAUGUAUGAGUCGGUGGACAUUGGAAGUGCAGCAGUAUUGGAAAUAACGCUGUUGCCACGCGGUCAGGCCUUACCAACGGACAUGACUUCUAGCAGUAGCGAGAUGGUUGUGCAGAAUUAUGUCUGGAAGCCGCAAGACGUUUUUGGUAUCAUUCCCGUCGAAACUGGCGAAAGCAGUGRAGCUGAUGUCCUUUCUGGGUAUUCUCCCGUCUCGCAGGCAGGAAAGGACCGGAACGAUGCUUUCAAAGCGGACUUUAAGGAAGACGUCGGUGGCCUAAAGCCACAAAUUGAUGCGAUCGUGCGACGAGUCUUAGAUGGUCGAGUCAUCCGACCUGCUGCAGAAGACGGUGGCGUUAUCGAAAAAGACGAGACGACGACGGCUCUACAGACGGCGUCCUUAGAAGCACAAGAACUAGCCAUUCUAGGACUCACACCAGUUCGGGGAUUGUUACUGUAUGGUCCUCCUGGUACGGGUAAAACUCUGUUGGCUCGUCAAAUAGCAAAAGCUCUUCGUGCGAGAUCACCAAAAAUUGUAUCCGCUCCGGAGCUGCUUGAUAGAUGGGUUGGGUAAGUGACGUAUAAUUAACAUUCGCGUAGACUUAUAGCUAGCAAAACUAUGGAACAUUGUUCUUACAGAUUUCUGCAUUGUUUGCCCGUUUUUCUAGGGGGUCGGAAAAGCUUGUGAGAGAGCUAUUUGUUGAAGCGGAAGCAGAACUAGCAGCGUGCAACGGAGAUGCUACUAAGUCUGCAUUACAUGUUGUCGUUAUUGAUGAAAUUGAUGCCGUAUUCCGUCGUCGAAGCGCAGGAGAAGACUCUGGAGAGCAAACUAGAGUGAGUACUAACUUGGAAUGUGAAUUGAUGGCGUAAUACACUUCUCGAAUUACUGUACCUGUGUUUCCAGAGAAUAAUUUGGUAAUUCAGCUCUCUGACCACGUGCCCUCCAUCGAAUGGCAAUCACAACAAAUGCCUUUUCUGAUGUUUUUACGUGAGACAGGCAAGCGUAGUGAACCAGAUUCUUUCGAAAUUAGAUGGUGUCAAYUCGAUCGACAACAUUCUCAUGAUUGGAAUGACAAAUCGCCGGGAACUUUUAGAUUCUGCUUUAUUGCGACCAGGUCGAUUGGAGGUCCAAAUUGAAGUCCCGAUGCCGGACAAAGAUGGAAGAAGAGAGAUAUUAAAAAUUCAUUUCGGUAUCCUACGUCAGAAAGGAAAAUUAAGCAUACCAUUGUGUUGUGCGAUAGAUGGUAUUCCGUGCUCGUCAAAACAUGAGCUCAUUAUGAGCGAAAAGUUUCCCACCUAUUUAAAAUUAAACAGUGACGAAGCCACCAAAGAGAAAAAGCGCGACGCACUCAAACGGGGAUUAUCAAAAUUGUUUCAGAAAGUAAGACCGUGUUACGAUCUAGCAGCUGAAACUGAGGGUUUCAGUGGUGCUGACAUUGCUGGUUUGGUGAGAUCGGUGAGUAUAAUUUUGAUAUGUUUGAAUCGAACUGAAAAAUUAGUAUUUGUAUUCUCASAGAAAAUUUCUCGUCAAUUUCACUUUCUAGGCUGGAUCACUGGCAUUGUCUCGGGCUCGUAAAGAUGGUAGUGGUGUCAACGAUAUUAUGAUAACACUUGAAGACGCUAAACAUGCACUUGAAGAAGUCAAAAAGUGAACAAAUCCACCUGAAAAGCAUGAGGUUCUGUCACCAGUAGCUGGUGCAGCCUUAUUUCAGAAUAAAGCCAAACUUUCUCUCAUUAACAAAUCAACUAAAGAGUC